AUGUACCAAAUGAGCCACGCCUUGGAGAAUUACAGCCUUACAAAGCUCGCUCAGGUCGGGAUAUUGACAAGGAAGCGCAGCUUCCAGUCCGAACUCCAAAUCCCAGCGUCGGCGCCAUUCCCCAUCUCCAUCGCCGUCUUCUCCAGCCGUUCCCCGUCUCCAUCGUCGUCUUCCCCAGCGCCAGUCCAAAUCACCGUCUUCGUCACCUGUGACCUGUCGCCAUCGCCAUCUUCCCCAGCGUCGUUCCCCGUCGCCAUUUCCCUCCGAUUUGGGCGAGCCCCUGCCUGCGAGUGCCCCGGUGAGGUCUCCCUUCCCUUCCCCGGUCACUGCCUCUCCUCUGCACCGACCCCUGCUGCCCUCCCCUGCACCGGUAGAAGCUUGGUUAAUCUAUUGGUCUACUGUACUAGAGGUCUUUGUUUUCUUAAAUCUGUUGAUGCAACAAAGAUUGUGAAGAAUGCAAAGAACCUUUUCAAGAUAUUUGAUGAAGCAAUACAGUGGAUUGGCGUGGGCAAUGUGGUUCAUGUGGUUACUGAUAAUGCAGCUAACUACAAGUCACGUGAUUUGGAUAAUGUGAAGGAUGUCAUUCAAAAGGCUAGAAGAGUCACUGUCUUUGUUUAUAAUCAUACUCCUGUGAUUAAUUGGUUGAAAGCAAGGACAAAUUGGAAGCAAAUAGUGAGACCUGAUGCAACUCGCUUUGCUACUAAUUUCCUCUCCAUGAAGAGUGUGUAUGAGCACAAGGUUGAUGUACAAGCUUUAGUAGUGAGUGAGUUCUUCAAUGCAGGUGAAUCAUCUAACACUGCAAAAGGAAAGGUGGCGAGUGCUAUAUUGUUAGAUGCUCAGUUUUGGGGUGAUUGUUUGGAGAUGGUAAAUGUGGCUCAACCAGUCAUGAAGUUGCUGAAGCUUGUUGAUUCAGAUGAAAAGCCCACUCUUGCUUAUGUUUAUGAGGGAAUGAGAAGAGCAAUUAAGGGAAUCAAGGAGAUCUUUCUAGGUAAAGAGACUUUGUACAAGCCUUACAUUGACAUCGUCAACAAAAGGUGGGAUAAGCAUUUUCGAGGGAAUCUAGUCAAGGCAGCUUAUUUCUUCAAUCCUGCUCUCAAAUAUGAUGAGAAAGAAUAUGUAGGGGACAUUGAGGUGAAGGGGGCUAUAAUAAACUUGCUUGAAAAGCCCCAACUUUGUAGUGAUGGUUUGAAAGCAUGUAAGGAACUGAAAUUGUUUGAGGAAGCGAAGGGGACUUUUGGUAGGGAUUUGGCUGUUAGAGGUAGAUCGUCACUUGAUCCAGAUUAUGAUGGAGAUGAUGGUAGCACAACAAUUGGCAUGGCGUCUUCAAGCAGUAAUUCAUCCUGUGCUAGUGAUGGUGAAUGA